AAAGAAGGGCAAAGUAGUGAAGAGAAGAGAAGAGAAGAGACUACUAGAGCAGUAGAGAGUAGGGUCCUACUGCACCAAACCACCACCACCAUCAUCACCAUCAUCGUCGUCAUCAUCAUCAUCAUCAGCUUCUUCUUCUUCUUCAAUUCAUAUCUGACACCGUACCAUUCGCGGAUUUCCAUCCUUUUUCCUCAGCUCCGUCCUCUGUACAAUUCUGAUUUCACCAGGUCUUUGCCAAUAAAUCAAUUGAAGAUUUGAUGGGGUCUAACUCUGAGGUUCACUUCUCUGGAUUUCACAUGGAUUGCCUAGAGCAAAGAAAGGCCAGCAUGGAGCAACCAACAACUUCAGAAGAUGAUUUGUAUAAACAACCUUUCAUUAUAGGUGUUGCUGGUGGGGCAGCAUCUGGCAAGACUGCCGUUUGUGAUAUGAUUAUUCAGCAGCUUCAUGAUCAACGAGUUGUACUUGUUAAUCAGGAUUCAUUUUACCAUAAUUUGACUGAGGAGGAACUUACAAGAGUACAAGAUUACAACUUUGACCAUCCUGAAGCUUUUGAUACCGAGCAGUUGCUAAGUGUCAUGGACAAGUUAAAGCGUGGUCAAGCAGUAAAUAUUCCAAAGUAUGACUUUAAGGGUUACAAGAGUGGUGUGUCUCCGGCGAGAAGGGUAAACCCUGCAGAUGUUAUAAUUUUGGAAGGGAUCCUUAUUUUCCAUGAUCCACGUGUUCGGGCAUUGAUGAAUAUGAAGAUAUUUGUUGAUACAGAUGCUGAUGUUCGGCUCGCAAGAAGAAUUAGGCGUGAUACUGCCGAGAAGGCUCGUGAUAUUGCAACAGUGCUUGAUCAGUAUUCUAAAUUUGUGAAGCCGGCUUUCGAUGACUUUAUCCUUCCAACAAAGAAGUAUGCUGAUAUAAUCAUACCCCGAGGAGGAGAUAAUCAUGUGGCCAUCGAUUUGAUUGUACAGCAUAUUCGAACAAAACUUGGUCAGCAUGAUCUGUGUAAAAUAUAUCCUAAUUUAUACGUCAUUCAGUCAACUUUUCAGAUGCGGGGUAUGCAUACCCUCGUACGUGAUGCCAAGACAACAAAGCAUGAUUUUGUAUUCUAUUCUGACCGUUUGAUCCGUUUGGUUGUAGAACACGGCCUAGGGCAUCUGCCAUUUACAGAAAAACAAGUAAUCACUCCUACUGGGUCUGUAUACAGUGGUGUGGAUUUUUGUAAGAGGUUGUGCGGCGUCUCCAUCAUCAGGAGUGGGGAGAGUAUGGAGAAUGCUUUACGCGCAUGCUGCAAAGGUAUCAAGAUUGGGAAGAUUCUUAUUCAUAGAGAAGGAGACAACGGUCAACAGCUAAUAUAUGAAAAGUUGCCGAAUGAUAUCUCAGAUAGGCAUGUGUUACUCUUGGAUCCUAUCUUGGGCACAGGUAAUUCAGCUGUUCAAGCGAUUUCUUUACUAUUAAGAAAGGGCGUACCAGAGUCCAAUAUUAUAUUUCUCAAUCUCAUAUCAGCACCUCAAGGUGUUCAUGUGGUCUGCAAAAGCUUUCCAAGAAUAAAAAUCGUGACGUCUGAGAUUGACAUUGGUUUGAAUGAAGAUUUCCGUGUUAUACCUGGCAUGGGGGAGUUUGGGGAUAGGUAUUUUGGAACAGAUGAUGAUGACAUGCAAGUUGUGGCCCCUUCUUAAUAUCCACAAGAUAUUUUUUGAUUGAUAAUUACUCAUGAGACUUUAACUUGAAAAAGAAGAAAAAGAAAAAAAAAGAGGAGGUUGAAAUUUGCUGAAUUAUACUUUUAAUUGGUACUGAGUUUCAUCUUUAUAUCAAUUUUGAUCAUAUCCUUCCUUCUUUCUUUUUUUUUCUUUCACAAAUUUUGUGUACCUUAUAAGAGAAAAUUGUUCUUUAUAGUUUGAUCUUAUAUUCUUUCUCGGAUAUAUUUUCCAUCUCAGAGAUAUUUUAUAUCUAUAUAUAGAAAUGAAUAUACAGAUUCUUUAA